UGUUUUAGAAAACAAAUUCAGGAAAAAGUUAAUACUUUUCGAAAUAAUGAGUGUACCCACUUAAAUGAAUCCUGGUAUAAAAUAUCUCUUAAUUCAAGUAUAGCUAAUUUCUUAUUCUUGCAUACCUACCUAUCAUUAAUCCAAAAUAUUUAAUACAUUUGGCAUUUGGACAAUUUGAUAGUGGGGCGUGAGGUGUGACUAUUUUUUUUAUAUAUGAUAAAGGUAGCAGUGGCGAAUCGCGGUUACCUCCAUGGAUGGUUACCUCUAACCAUACGAUUAUUACCAUAACCUCAAUAACGACCGAACCCGACGAAAUAACGAUGUGCGUCAUACAAAGCACGACGCGUACGGCAUCCGCCAUUUUUGACGCCCAAGAGUCAGACGCCUUUCUGUAUCUGCAUUUCAUUCAGUAGCGUUAUUGAUUUAUGAGUUUUAAAUUUAUUUGUUUUUAUGAAUUUCAUCAUAUAAUCAACCUAUUUGUUGAUUUUAUGUGUUUUGUAUUCAAUACUUGCCAAAACAAACGGGAUGGCGAUGACGAUCAUUCAGUAAUCUGAACAUUAAUGUAAGUAUUACACAAUAACGUUGCUGAACGCAUAGUGAACAUAGCGAACAUAGCGAUUACGGAACAAAUCGACUUUACCACCUUAGACGCGAAUUUCAUUUUUAUUUUUUAUAGUCGAUUUGUUUUCAAUGCUGAAAACAAUGGUACAAAAAAAUAAUAAUUGCUGAAACGCUUACUUUUGAAGCUACAGCUAUUAGGUACCUAACCUAUCUACUUUAGCACCCCUUCGAAAUGUUGAAUUUAUAAUUUAAUUAUUAUACAUUUUGAAUAUAUCUAGAGAUUUGUCAAGAUUACUCACUCACUCGCUCGCUCGGAUUGUUUUAUUUUAAUCAAAAAUAACCUACGAUUUGUUGUGCAAAACCACGUUAGGUAGGUAACAGGGAAAAGCGAUAAUAAUGUUUAUUUUAAUUUUAUAAAUAUAUACUAAAUAAAAAUUAAAUGUUUUUUAAUUUUAUAUUGUGUUAAUUACCUCUUUACUUUAUCUUAGCGUUCUUCAAUCGCGAUUAAAGUGGGUCGAACCAGUGCAAUGUUAAUUCUCUAACUUCAAAAGUAAAAGUUUCCACAAUACUUUUUGUAUUAUUGUUUUCUGAAUUUUAAAAAAAAAACUUAAUUCGCGUUUGGAGUAGUUAAGUCGGUCUAAGCUGUAAUUGCUUCCAGUCUUGAUUUGCUUAUUACCGCUAAACUAAAUGAAUGUAAUGCCUACUUUGUAAAUUAGAUUUCCCUUAGUACCUAUAAUAUAUAUGUCAUGCUUCUGGGUGGGUCUUUAUUAUUCUGUAGGUUUCAUAUGUGUCAGAAAGUAAAUUGUGUUGCUUUAACAGCCAAGUACCAAUGGCACAAACUUAAAAUUGAUAAAGCUUAUGAUCCUACUUGUCCAUUUUGGUUGAGGCAAACAUAUAUAAUCUAUAGUGACUAAUAACUAUUAUAUAACUAUUCAUUCAAUAUAUUCUUAAUAUGAUACAGCUAGUUCUAAAUGCUAAGUUGCACAACUUUCAGUAUAUACAGAGUGUUCAACGAAUAUAUUAUUAUUAUUUCAAUAUCUUAGAAAGUAUUAACUUUUUUGAAAUUUGUUUUUAUAAUUUUUAUAAAAACAAGUAACUAAACCUAAAAUGUUACAUUACUAUUGUUUUUGUCACCCUUAUUUCUAUAUAUUUAAAAUUCCAUAAAUAGAUAUAGUAUUAGUAGUUUAAUUACAUUUAGUGCUAACAUUUUUAAUUCAAUCUGUUUACGAGGUGUUUUACUUUUCAGUAGGGGAAAGUAACAAAGCAGUAGGUAUUCAAACGCUGCACGCCAUUCUGCUACAUAAAUAAUAUUUCACUACUUUCCCCAUACCUAAACUUAAAAGUGGAAUAUCUCACUGACAGAUGCACAGAAAUCAAAAAUGUUAACAUUAAUUUAAGGAAUUUUUGAUAUAAGUUGCCAUUAGAAAAUCAAAAGUAGAAUAGGCUGCACUUCCAAAAAUUAAUGUUUAUGGAGUAUAUAAUAUUUAUUUUCAAAGAAUAUUUUGAACUUUGUUUGUUCGUCUAACGAAAAUGUUUAUUUUCAGCUCGAUAAUUAAUGUAAACCUCUGCUUUAUCAAAACAAUAUUACUAUUACAAUUUUAAUUAUAAAAUAUUUAACAUAAAAAAAUCAUAUACUGAGUUAAUAGUUAAGAGCUCAAAUUUUUAAAAUUGUAAUGCAUACAUAACAUUGUUGUCACUCAAAAACUAAAAAGAAUUAUUCUCCAUAGUGGUUUAUUAGUAAUGAUAAUUUGUUAGGAUUAGUAAUUUAUUUUUAGUUUCAAAGUUGUUAAUAAUAUAAUUUGCAUUUCACAAAAAAAAAAAAAACUUGAAAAAUGAGCAGAUAACGAUUUCUCGUUGUUCAUUUGGGUUUUUGGGUUGCCUUUAUUUAAGCAGUGACCAAAGCAGCCAACUUAUGUUAUCAAGGCGGUUAUACCACUUUAGCCAUGGCUCAAACAGUCUUUCAGGGAAUCCGCCUAAUGUAACAUUUUAGAAUUACUUGUUUCUUAAACUAUCAAAAUAUAAUAAUUCCCAAAUUAAUUAUUACUUCCAAGAUAUUUUAAUGAUCAUAUCUUUAUGGAACACAUUGUAUUAAGUGAUUUGCUAUUAUGCAUCACGAGUGUUAUUGUAAAUAACAGUAAUUUUGAUUACCUAUCUGUUGACUAUGGUUGAUUGAGCUAUAGCUUAUGUUGUUAAUAAUUUGUUGCACAUAUAAACAACAGGUUAUUUGUUAUUUAUUGAGAACUCGACACAUAUAUAUUUUUUUUUUAAUGGAAUUUAAAUACAAUAUACAAGAAUUUUAAAUUGUUUUGUAGUCGAUUUUAGUAUAAAUCAAUGAAUUUAACUAAAUUAUUAAUGAACUAUUUAUUUGGAUAAAUAUAGGACAAGUUUAUUUAUUUGUUGAAUUAUUUUCUAAUUUGUAAUUAAAAUAAGAUAUAUUUUUAUAUGAUAAUGCCAUUACAGAGCAUUUACUUAAAUUGAGUUUCAUGCUAUUGUUUAAAUACCAGUCACAAAAGUAAUUCAAGUCUGAUUGUAAAUCUAAAGUAUUAUUAAUUGAAAUAAUAGUUUUAUACAUUUUGGCGUCAUCAACCAGAAGCAAUAUUUUUGAAUGUUUUAAUAUAGAAGAAAUGACAUUAAUGAAUAAUAAUAACAAUAAAAGAGAAAUAUGAUCCCCUUGGGGUACUUUGAUGGAUAUUAAAAGAAAUUUUUAUAUUAAACGUUUUGUAGUUUAUUAGAUAGAAAAAAUGCAAACCAUGAUAAGAGAGGAUCAUUUAAGCCCUUCUUUUAGAUGAUUUAAGAUGUGAUCAAUUCUUAUCUGGUAAACUUUAUUGUGAUAGAAUUAAAAAACAUUUUGAUGUCAAGUGUAACUUUUAAUUAAUUUAGUUGUUUAUAAAAUAUGACCUAUAUUGUUAUUCAUAAAGUAACAUUUGUUAGACAAAUAAAACAUAAAAUGUACAAUUUAAUGAUUUUUUUUUAUUUCAAUCAACUUCAAGGAACAUUUAUUAAGAUGUUGAUUAGCAAUCUAUAUUUAAAUGUAAUUUUAUAAAUGUAACUUGGGUGUGGAUGUGGUAUUAGAAUAUCUGAUUAAUACUGUACCCCAGAGGUAAUGGAAGUAAAUAAUAUAUAUCAGAGUUGGAAUGUAUCUUAUAAUAUUACUAAGUUCAUUUUUAUUAAUAACUAUAUUAAUGUUUAUAAUAACAAUAUAGAUAUUUGUUUUACUUUAUUCUAAAUUUAUAAGUCAAUGUGAUUUGUCAAUUUUUUAUACUAAUUUAUAAGUUUAAAUACUUCUUAAAAUUUAAAAUGUACACUUUUAUUACUAUUUAUUACUAUAUAAUAAUUUUAAUUUCAAGGGAAAAAAUGUAUAAAAUGUUUUAUAUGCCAAUAUUACCAGAGGUUAAAUCACUGACAAAAAUCAAUGUACAAAUAUUUGAUUAUCAUUGGGAAAAUAUUAGUAUUCUGGAAUUUAGUGUAUACAGUAUUGAUCAGUGAUUUAUCCUUUGUAUGUUAUCAAUCCUGCAAUAUUGAUAGAUUGAAGAUAAUAUCUGAUAUAAGAAAAGAUAAAUUAUGGUCAAAUACUGUAACAUUAAAAUUUUAUUUACAAAUACAUAAAAUAUAUACUAUCCCAUAUUCUAUGAUAAUAAUUCAGUAAGUCUACUAUACAAGGGGAAGCUUAUCCUUGAUUUUGGUACUUUUUUAUCAUAAGUUAAUGAUGUGUUAUAAAAGACUUAUUAUUAAUAAUAAUUAAUUGUUUUAACCUGCAGAGUCCAAGCACUAAAAUAUGAAAAUCAUAUUUUUGAUCAAAUAAACAUAUUAUUAUCUGUUGUCCCCCAAGGUGCCCACUUGUCACUACUACUUUUUUCUAUUUUCAUUAAUGAUCAAAAAUUCAAUUGCUUUAUAUUUGUGGAUAAUACUAAAAUGUAUAAAAAAAAAAAUUGAAUCUUUGGAUGGUAUGUUAAAACUUCAUACAGGAUUAAAUCAACCGAUAACAUUAGUGCAUUGAAAAUUAUAUGAAUUGAAUAUAGACAAAUGUGCCAUUAUCUCUUUCUUUUUUUUUAAAAAAAAAAAAUGUUUUUUUUGAUUAUAGUUAAAUAAUUUAAAUGUGUCACGUAAAGAUGUUUUUAAGGACCUGGGUGUUUUAUUUGAUUUGAAACUUAUUCAAUCAUCAUUUUGAUUACAUUAGGAAUAAAGCUUUUAUGAAAUUGAGAUUUUUUAAACAUAUGUGUAAGGAUUUUAAUGAUGAGUUGGCACUUAAAAUUUUAUACUAAAUAAGUAUGGUCUCAUUUUGACUAUGCUGCCUUAAUUUGGAUAACUUAUAAUAUUGCACAAAAUCAAAGUUUAUCCUCAAUCCAAAAUAACUUCCUAAGAUAUUUAUUGUAUAAAUGCCAUAAAUAAAAGGUUCCUGGUUCAGAAUAUGAUAUUACUUAUGAAUAUAUACAUACUUAUUGAUAUGAUAGUUUUUUUAGGAUGAUGUCUUUAGAUAAAAUAAUACAUUUGUUAACUGUACAUUUUUUUAUAAAUUAUUACAUAAUAUUUACUGUCCUAAACUUCUCGAUCAAUGAAAUUUUAGAUGAAGUCAAUCAUGUUAAAAAUUAAAUCAUUAUUUAUUUAUCCUUUACUAAUUAAUAAAAAGUACAUGUUUUACACCCAAGUAAUUAUUCUUAUGCCAGCGGGAAAUUCAAAUCAUAAUUUUAGAUAUAUUCAACAUUACCUAAAUAAUUUUUCAAAUUUUAUCCAAUAAAUACUAUUUUACAUUAUUUCAUUAUGUACUUAAUUUAUUACAAAUAGUUUAUUUUGCAUGGUAAUUUAAAUGUUCAACUUAAUUUAAUUAUUUAUCAUUAAUAGAUUAUUUCUUUCACAAUGUUCAUAUAAACUAUCACUUUACAUUUUCAAUUUAUUAUUUUGAAAUUGGUAAAGAAUUUCCAUAAAUAUAAUUAAUAUUAUUGUUAUUAUCAUUUCUAUUAGACAGAGUAGACAUAAAGAAACAAAACUUAAAACCAUUGAAUUACUUCCGAAAAACAAUAAUGGUCAUUAUUUUUAUGAAACUUAUACAUUUUGUACCUAUCUAUUUCAUUGUAAUAUAGUUUAUUAAUUUUGAACUUAUAAAUAAUUAAUUCAAAUUAUAAUAUAAUGAAGUAAAAACAAAAUUAUUAAAAUAUUUAAUACUCAUAAAUAAAUAUAUAAAUAAAAAAUGAAUGAAUGAAUGAGUAACCUGGAGUAUUAUGAUAAGUGUAUUGUACAACCAGUUUCAAAUUAAAAAUCCAUCAUUAGGUAUAUCACAGUCAAAAUGUAAACCCCAACUGAAUAUAAAAAUUAAAUGGAUACUUAGCAAAAAAAUUAUUCAAUAUACAAGAGAUUGUUUGAAAUGAGUUAUAUUAUUAGACAUAUAUAUGUUAAGAAAUAUAAAUAAUUUGGUUAUUAUUUAUUUUCUAAAAUGUAUUGAUAUAAUAACUAUUUUUCUUUGUUUCAUUGUAUAUGUAUAAUCCAUCCUUCUUAAACUGAAUUAAUUAAAAUGUUAUUUUGGGUACUUAAUAUUUCUAAAUCUAUAAUAUUAAAGUUUAUAUUAUGGUUAAUUAUUAACAUGUUUAACAAAAUUUUUAUUUGUCUUAGAUACAUACAAUUUAUUAAAGUUACAUUUAAGUUUAUAUAUACCAGUAUUUUAAAAAGAAAGAAUUUUUUGUAAGGUUUUUAGUCCUAUUGUUUAUAUGUUUGAUUAAAUUAUCAUUAGUUUUAAAAGAGAUUUUUACAUUAUUUGAUAUUUCAUACUUACAACAGUUAACAACAUUAUUUGGUGAGUUGUCUUUUACACGUUUAUGAUUGUGUUUAAUACUAUUUAAUUAAAAUUAGUUCUAUGAGCUAUAUUAUAGAUAUUAUUGAGCUUGUAUUUAUUUAAUGAAAUAAAUUUCAAGUCUAUAGAAUAUUGAAUUAAAAAAUGAUAUUAUUGAGAAUUAGAAUCAUGUGGAAUUAUAGCAUUAUUUAGAUGUAGGGUUCCUGUAAAUACUAAAAUCUAAUUUACUGUUUAUUAUGGAAAUUAAAUUUAUUAUUAAUUUGUAUUUCAGGUGUAAAUUUAAUAUUUUUAUUUAUUUUAUUUAAGUAGUGAAAUCAAAAUGUUCUGCUUGUCUAUUUGAACAUCUAAAUAAAAUGAAUAUGUCAUUGACAUAUCUAUAAUAUGCUUUUAUAUAUAGACUAUAUAUAUUUUAUUAUUAAUAAUAUUAUUGGUUUCAAAAUUUUGUAUGCAAAUUUCAGACAGAAGUGCACUUAAAGAACCACCCAUAAUUAACCCAUCUUUUUGUGAAUAUAAUUUAUUAUUAUAUUGGAAUUAGUUUUGAUUAAUAAUUAAAUUUAUUACGAAGUAUAAUUUUUUUUCUCAAAAAAAUUUACUGUUUCAUGUUUAGGAAUGGAUGUAAAUUAUUGAUGUCAGAAGAAAUCAUUUUAUAACAUGGAUCAAUAUUAAUUUUAUCAAUAAAGUUAAAUGUUUUUUAUAGAAGUAUUAGUAUUCAUGUUUAAUUUUUCUUUUAUGAGAAAAUCUAAAUAUUUAGCAAGGUUAUAAGCUGGAGCAAUUUUUAAGUUAAUAAAUUGACGAAUUGGAUUAUCUUGUUUAUGUAAUUUUAUGAAUGGAUAUGGAGCCUUUUUUUUGAAAUCUAAUUUUAAUAAUAUUUUCUUUUGUGCUAAGUUUUGAUUAUUAUUAUUUAUAAAAUUUAAAAGUAUUUUUAUGAAUUCCAUUAGUAUCAAUGAUAACAAUAGCAUUAGAUUUAUUUACCCAGGAUUACUGCAUACUCACUAUCACUAUUCCCACUUAUUUCAUUAAUUUUCUCCAAAAAACUCACUUUUUUAAAGCUCUUUGAAUUAAAAAUUCCAAAUUUGUUUAGUUAAUUAUGUUUUUACUAAUAUUUUUAUUUAUUUGAAAAUUAAUUCAACAUUUUUUCUAGGAAAAAACGUAGUCAUGAAAUAUAAAUAAUAUCUUAAUGUCAUUAUGAAUACCUAUGGCUCUAAAGUAUAUUAUUAUAAUGAUAACAAAUAAACUUAUAGAAAAAUUUAAAUUAGGUAUCAAACUUGUUUUAAUAAUAUGUAAUAUUAUAUAUACUAUAUUCUAUUAUUAAUUAUUUUAAUUUAGUUUUUUAAUAUAAUUAUUAUAAUUGUUGGGUUACAUUUUUUUGUUUACAUAAUAUACUUAUUAUACUGUUGUAAAUAUUAAUAAGAAUUGUCUUAUAAAUAGUAUGUUAUAGAAGUUAUAACUAUGGAAUAAACAGUUUAAAAAAAAAUAAGUGAAAAUAUUAAAAACUAUAUUUUUUAAAAAUUUUGAUUAAAUUUCACUUAAAUGAAAAUAAUACUCACUUAUAAACAGCCUGAUAAAAUAUUUAAAAAACAAAUUCAGAAAUAGUUCCAGUAGACAGGACAGUUACUUAUUUUUUUUUCUUUUAAAAUUAAGAAACUAAUAAUCACUUAAAUAGCAGUCCUGUCUACUGGAACUCUUUCUGAAUUUUUUGUUUUUAAUUUAUUCACUAUUUCGUUACUAAUUGUAUUUUGUUUUAAUAUUUGAUCAGGUUAUUUUUUUGUAAUUUUAUUGGUGCUGUUUAUUAAGAUACAUAUUGUUUUACAAAUGAAGAUUCACAUUGUAUUAAUUUUAUUUUUUAUUGAUUAAAAGUUUAAUAUUUGAUAUGUAUUGAAUUUAUCUUAAUUUAAUAAAUUGUUAUUAGCUUUAUUAAAAUUUAUGGAAGUUAAACAAAUAAUUCGUUGUUGAAAAGAAUGGUGGUUUUUAAGUUGUAAUUUUUGUUGGAUAUAAUUUUUAAAGUGUGAAAUUUGUAAGUGAUUUAAAUUUUGAGAUGCAUUCCUUCAUUUAAUUUUUUAUAUUCAUUUUUGUUUACACAUUUCGAUGGUAAUAUAUCUGAUCGUGAGUUUUUAAUAAAUAAUAAUUUUAAAAUUUCAUUAUAAACAAUGGUAUGGGGUUUUAGUUUACUCUAUGGUAUAUGUGUAACUCGGAUCUAAGACAAUUCAAUUCAUAGAUAUGGAUGGCACCAAUCUAUAUAGAAAAUAUCGAUAUAUAUGAGUAAAAAAUAUUUUAUAAAUCAAAUUUCUAUAAUGUUUUUUUUUUUUUUUUUAACUUAACAAACUAAAUUACCACUUGGAUAUCUACAGUUGGUGACAGGGAGGGGGUACUUUUAGACCAUAUACAAUAUAGGUAUGUACAUGUAUAAGAAUAUAAAAUAUAAGUCUGCAUAUAAGCAUACACACACUAAAGUCCAUAGUCAAUAGUGAGUCCUGUUUGGUUGUAUUUCAAUUUAUAACAUGCCAAAAGUUUGAUGGUAUUAAUGAUUUAAAAUCAUAAAAUAAGUUCAACUGUAAUUCUGAAAACAUUUGCACAGAAGACAGAAAUAUUCUUAACAGAAGAGCCAAAAAAAAAUAACAAUUAUUUAUUACACUUAUGCCUAGUUGCAUAAAACUUUAUUUUGUCAAUUAAUAGUUAUUGGUCCAAUAAAUUGAAUAAAAAUUUAAAAAUUGUGCACAAAGCUUCAAUGCCUUAUUUCAGCUAUUUAGCUAAAGUUAUAUUUAUUCUAUAAUAUGACAUUUAUUAAAAAUAAUAAAAUUUAAUAAAAAAAAAAAUAUGAAUUUUUUUACUUUACUUAAAUUGUUUUAUUAUAAUGUAAUUAUGAUGGAUGUAAUUGAGUUUUCUUUGUUUAAAGAUAAACCAAAACAGUAUAUAAUAUAUUGAAUAAAAUAUUUAAAGAACGUUUUUGAUGUAACUGGACAUUAACAAUUUAAAAAAAAAAAUAUUCAAUUCGAACACAGAUAAAAACUAUAUAACUUUGAGGUCUUAAGAUUAAAGUACAGCCAACUACAAUUUCAAGAAGUAGUAUAAAUGCUGGGAGACUUCUACUCGAAAAUAAUAGUAAAAUAAUUUUUCUAAACUGCCCCUUAAAAUAAAUAAUUAUUUUUUUUAGUUUUUUGUAUUUCUGUUUUCUAUGCACAUAUUUCAUAAUUAAAGGUUUCAGUGCAAUUGUAACCACUGUAAUCUUUAUAUUUUUUUAUAGCAUUGUUUUUGAUUUACAGUUAACACUUUAAUUAUCAAUGUUAAUGGACUAUUAGCGUUUUCUAUCUACCCGAAAUAUCACAGUUAGGCCUGUUUCACACGAUACUAGUUAUAGUGCUUUCUAUAGUUAAUUAGCUAGUCCAUGAAAAUAAGACAUGUUUUAUUAUCAAAAUAAAUAUACUGGCAUUAAUCAUUGUACUAUCACACUAUUCUUACCAUAGAUAAAGGAUAGGAUAUGCAACUCAAAACGGCCUGCAUAAAGAGCUCUACAGAAACCAUAAUGAUAACUGAUACAAAUUGGUUUAAGUGUUAAAAUUGAAAAAAAAAUGUACUCAACUUGCUCAAAAGUAUGAAGUAUAGAAUCUGUUAUGAAAGGUACUUAUUAGUAAAGGAAGGGCUUUUUAUUUACUUUUAUUACUUCAAAUAUUAAAAUUUAUACCUGCUUAAAAAUAUGUGGUAGAUAAUUUAAUUGAUAUCAUUGUUCAUUGGUAUAUGAGACAAUGAUGGAUAUACAGUAUAAACUGAUUUCCAUAGUUGGUUUAAAAUAUUCAGUAACAAGUGUUAGUAAACCCGUACAUAAUGUAUCGGUACACCAGUUUAUACUAACAAAUUUCUUAAUGAAGAUUAGAAACAAAUGUUAUUAAUGUAUUAAUACACUUGCAGCAAAAUUCUUGGCUGCGUUAUCACUUAAUAAUUAUAUCAGAUUUUUUAUCAUAUCUGUUAUCCUAAUUUAUGUCAAUAUUUUAAUUUUAUAGUUUAUGUAGUAAUUGUAUCAAUAAUUUUGUCUAGUCAUAAAUUAUGUAUUCAGAGAAUAGAAGAUAAGGUCGGACAAUUAUAUUUUAUCAGCAUUUCGCUUAGUGAGGCUAAUUAAUUUCCAAGUUUUACCACUAAAAUUGAGUGAUGCCCUACAGAAUUAUUUUGAGGUUAUAACUUUAUAAUACUUUAAAAUAAUCAUGAACCAGAGACAUAAUAUAUAUUAUACUAGAUAGCCAUAGAUAAUAUAAGAAUGGAUAGACCAUAAUAAUUUAUCACAGGAGAACAAACAUUUUUAUAAUUUUAGGUUACAGAGGGUCUUAUCCAUUAAGUUGUUAACUUGAUCAAAAAUAAUCAAUAGUUCAUAAUUCAUUUUAGUUUUAUUUAGUAUGAAUUAAGCUAGUUAGUUAAACUUAAUUAGUGCUUUAUAAUUAUUUAUAUAAUCAUUAUUUAUUAUGUAUUCAUAUUUUGAAGAAAAACAUUCAAAUUACAUUAUAACUAAUAGUUAUAUAUAUUUUAAUUAGAAUUAGUAAAAAUUAUAUAGAUAUAUAAAUCAUAACUCUGGUUUAUGAAAAUGUGGUAUAAUAAUACUCAAUUGAAUUUAUCCAUGUCUGAAAUGGAUAAGUUUCGUUAAUUUGGCACCUGGUACGAUUUUCCUUUAUGUCAUUUUUAAUCUUUCUAAUUUCGUAAAAAAUAGUAAAAUAAUGAUAUCAAAAUUCAAAUACGAAUACCUUGAUGGAGUUGUUAUCAUUGUGAAUUGAUAUAAUCAAUGAUGAAACCCCAUUAUGUGUGAGUGAGUGAUAAAAACAGUCUGUCUCUCAUUCACAUUUCGGAACGCGGUCCCUUAUUAUAUUAAUAUAAGAGUGGACUAUCCAUUCUUAUAUUAUCUAUGUAGAUAGUCCGUAUAUUAUUGUAUGAUUAGAUAUGAUGUCAAAUGUCAUUUAUCUAUUUAUCUAUAUGAUAUUCACAAUUCUCAUAUUAUUUCAAUUAAAUAGUUUUUGAUAUUUUUUCAUUUUCGACCAGAUUACCUACCUCUGUAGUUUUUUUUCCUAUGUGUUACCCAGAAAUAAUAAUACUUACCUAACGAGAACCAAUGGAUUCCUUAUAUUUAAUAAAGCUUAAUUAAUUACAACUGCUGACAUGAAUAAUAUCUUAUUAAAUAAAAUAAUUUGCAUUGUUAUAUUUUGGUUUUUGCUUGUUAGUUUAGAUUUUAAAGAUGGCUGAUCAACAGUUGAGGAGAUCAAACAGAAUAAGACAUACAACUAAAGAUUGUUCAUGUUGUAAUGAGUCUGAUCAAAAAAAGAAGAUAAGAAGAAAAUCAAAUGCUAAGUCUGAUGCGAAUCAACCCCCAGCCAAAAAAUCACGCACAAGAAAUUCCUCUGCAAAUUCAUCUUCUGCAAGUUCAUCUUCUGCAAAUAGAAAUCUUCCUACAAAUGAAGAUCUUCCAACAGAUGAAAAUUUCCCUAUAAUUGAAGAUAUUCCUACAGAUGAAAAUUUGCCAAUAGAUGAAGAUCUUCCUAUAGAUGAAGAUCUUCCUAUAGAUGAAGAUCUUCCUACAGAUGAAGAUCUUCCUACAAAUGAAAAUCUUCCUACAGAUGAAGAUGUGCCAACAGAUGAAGAUGUGCCAACAGAUGAAGAUUUUCCUACAAAUGGAAAUCUUCCUGCAGAUGAAGAUAUUCCUACAGAUGAAGAUAUUCUUACAGAUGAAGAUAUUCCUACAGAUGAAAAUCUUCCUGCAGAUGAAGAUAUUCCUACAGAUGAAGAUAUUCCUACAGAUGAAGAUAUUCCUACAGAUGAAAAUCUUCCUACGGAUGAAAAUCUGCCAACAUAUGAAUAUCUUCAAAUAGAUGAUACUUUUGUUAUAAUUGAAGAUAUUUCUACAGAUGAAAAUCUGCCAACACAUGAAUAUCUUUCAUUAGAUGAAGCUCUUCUUAUGAUUGAAGAUAUUUCUACAGAUGAAGUUCUUCCUAUUAUAUUUGAAGAUAUUUCUACAGAUGAAGUUGUUCCUGUUAUAAUUGAAGAUAUUUCUAUAAAUGAAACCGCACAAGAAAUGAAUACUACUACUACAAAUGAAACCGCACAAGAUAUGGAUACUACUUCUACAAAUGAAACCGCACAAGAUAUGGAUACUACUACUACAAUUGAAACCGCACAAGAUAUGGAUACUACUACUACAAUUGAAACCGCACAAGAUAUGGAUACUACUACUACAAAUGAAACCGCACAAGAUAUGGAUACUACUACUACUACAAAUGAAACCGCACAAGAAAUGAAUACUACUACUACAAAUGAAACCGCACAAGAAAUGAUUACUACUACUACAAAUAAAACCGCACAAAAAGUGGAUACUACUACUAUAGAUUUGACUUCUGAUGAUGAUGAAAUUGAUGAGGUUGAAGAUGUCAAAUCUACAGAAGUAGUUCCAAUUAAUGAUAACUAUAGAAUAAAAUAUCCAUUACCUGAGGGUAGUACAAAAUAUAAUCAUGGAUAUGAUUUCAAUGCAUACAAUAAUUUAAUAAACUCCCUGAAAGCUCAUGGUCGUGAUUAUAAAAUAACUAAUCCUCAUAAAAUUCCAAUCACAGCAGGCGCUUUAUACGAUACACUUAAAGAAACCCAAUGGUUUAACGGAGAUGUAAUAAACCUAUAUUUUAAAUUAUGCGAAUUCAAUAUUAAAUCUGUGUAUGCAGUUAGCAGUUAUUUUUAUGACUCCUAUAAGACCAGGAAUUGGAAAGGUAUAAGAGGCUAUUUCACAUCCACAAAUUUUUCAAAUUACAAAAUUAUUUUAUUUCCAUUCAACGUGAAUGGUAAUCAUUGGGCAUUAUUCUAUGCCAACCUUGAGACAAAAUCCCUGCUUUAUUAUGAUAGUUACCUCACAUUUAGAACAAAAAUGAACAUUACAUUUUUAAAAGCGUUCUUCACAUUAAUAGGCUUGUCCAACCUAUAUCAUGGAACCGAGCCAUUAAAUAUCGAAGAUUGGACAAUAGGAUUUGCCCCAUGCCCACAGCAGAAUAAUAAUUAUGAUUGUGGCGUGUUCACCUGUUGCGCAGCUACAGUUUUAUCAUGGGGAGGAACACCAGAUUAUACUCAAGAAGAUAUGUAUCUUUACCGUCAUGUAAUAGCCUAUAGAAUAUAUGGACACUAUAAUAAAACUCCCUUAACUGAGGCUCCAGCAUUCACCACCAUUAUGAACACAAAAUAAUUUAUUAUUAUUUGUAAAUAUUAAAUUUAUUGACAAAAGUAAUAUUUAGUUGUUCUUUUAUUUUUUAGUAAAUUUAAUUGAGUUUGAAAUUAGUCCCUAAGUCUACAUAUUCAAUUUUACAGUUUUUAAAUGUUAUAAUAAGUAACACUUUUUAUUAAUAAACCAACUUUAAGAUUAAUUAAUUUGUAUUAUGUUUCCUAUCAAUGUUAUAGUUUUUAUUAUCUUAAAAUAUAAUACUAUAANAGUCUUAUCAGUGUAAAUAUUAAAUUUAAUUGAAUUUGAAAUUAGUCCCUAAGUCCUCAUAUUCAAUUUUACAGUUUUUAAAUAUUAUAAUAAGUAACACUUUUUAUUAAUAAACCAACUUUAAGAUUAAUUAAUUUGUAUUAUGUUUCCUAUCAAUGUUAUAGUUUUUAUUAUCUUAAAAUAUAAUACUAUAAUUAAAAUAUUGAUAUAAUAAUCAUUAUGUAUACUUUACUACAGUCUUAUCAGUGUAAAUAUUAAAUUUAAUUGAAUUUGAAAUUAGUCCCUAAGUCCUCAUAUUCAAUUUUACAGUUUUUAAAUGUUAUAAUAAGUAACACUUUUUAUUAAUAAACCAACUUUAAGAUUAAAUAAUUUGUAUUAUGUAUACAAU